CCGCUGAUUUGUGUGAAACAUUUGACAGACCAGAGUUCUGGCAGAUUCUUUAUGUUUAAUUAUAAACCAGUACAAAUCUUGCUUCUAGCUUUUUUUGCUGUCUGUCUCUGGUAUGUUUGAAGGCCCUUUGUCCUUCAGACACCCAAGGUGUUUUAAAGCAUAAUGUGCGUCACGAUCCUCCACCGACACACCGUAUUCUACACACCUGACAUGCAAACACUCGAACACCAGGAAACCAAACAAUGUCCGGAGCGUUACCUGGAAAAAUGGGCAGGUGAACCAGAGACACUACACAUCAAUCAUUUAAGUUUAUCUAAGAACGCCAUCAAAAUGAAGCUGUUGUUCAGUGUUGUUCUUUUGCUUUUGCUGCCCAACCGCACAAGCCAAACAUCUGAUGUCAAAAUUGCGGCCAUUCCUCUGCCAAGCACUGACGGUGUGAUCCAGACGGAGCUUCAGAAGAUAGUGUCUCUGCUCUGUACUCUUGAAAGUGGCGCUCACGACAACAAGGAGUUGGUGUGGCUGAGGAAUGGAGCUGCGGUUAAUCUGAUGGAUGGAAACAAGGAGAAUCGCAGCAGUGUGUGCAUCAGUCCUGUCAUCUAUGAGGACGAGGGUGCCACUUUCACUUGUCACCUGAAGAGCAACACCUCCCACACGGCCUCUGUCACCCUCAAUGUCACAUAUCAGGCAGACCUCUCUGGUUCAGAGGAGGUCACAGUAGAAGAGGAGGCAUCUCUGGUCAUGCAAUGCAACACGAGGGCCAACCCGGCGCUCACGUCAGUGUCUUGGAAACUGAACGGAAGCCUGGUGGAUCUAUCACAGGGGGGCUUCAUGGUAACCAACGACGGCAUUACCAGCAAGCUACAUGUCGGCAAAGUGGAGAGAAGUCUGCAUGAAGGCUUGUACCAAUGCACCACAACCUCUCCCAUGUAUGGAGAACGUAGCAAGACGUUCCAAGUCACUGUCACGGAAAAGACCAUCAAGUUCCCACUGAUGCCGAUGAUAGCAGGGCUGGUGGUGGUGGGCGCCACGGGGCUUCUCGCCGUAGUCUCGCGAUGGAAGAAAAUCACACGGUGCUGCAAAAAGUGAUCCAAAAGAACCUGGUCGUCUGCAUUUUCAUCAAGUGAGGCCAACCACAGAGGCAACAUAUCACUGCAUCGUGCAAGAGACUUUGAUUAGCCAUCUAUGUGGCUUUAUCUUAUUUAAUUUUGUUUACUUUUAGACUUCAAAGCAAGACAUCGCCAAUAUAAAUAAAUAAAUAAAUAAUACCUGACUCAACUCAGACCUGUAGGUCUGUGGGCUUUAAUUUGUGUUAGGUUAUUUUUGCAAAAGUUGAAUAGAUCGGAACCAGAUUUUUUUUUAAGUUAUUGUAUUUUUCCUCUUUGUUCUAAUAUUGAAAUAUACUUCAAAAUCUGACUAAAUGUAUAAGCUUUUGUAUUAACAGUAAGGUAUCUGGUAAAUAUGUUGUAAUGAUGGAUUUCAGAAUUGGGUAAUGAGACAUUAAAAGUAGACACUGUAAUCAUGAAAGAAAUUAACCUAUUUGUGUUUUCCAAGAAAGAAAAACUAAGAAUAAUCAACUAUUGAGGUAUACAUUGUGUAAGAAACACAAUGUAAAUAUAGAGUCAGCAGAAGAAAAAAAAAGGUUUUGACUUUAAUCCAGAAGGUUGUGUCUGAGUUUAAUGUUUGGUUAGAACAACAACAACAAAAAAGAAACAUCUAAACAUAACUUAGAAC